UUCGGGUUCACGCAAGCCAGAGCCAGCCGCCCGAUUUGUUCGCAGUUUGAAUCAGCAGAAGCAGGCAGAAGAAAGUGAGAAUGUUUACAUCCGACCGACGGCAACACGGGAGUGCUAGUUCUAUCAAGUCGAUGUGUUUCGGUUUGUUUCCAACGGGAAACUAGUGUCAGUUUCCGUGUCCACACGUGGUUACAUUCCGUCCGUGUCCGAACACGGAUGGCAGAAGAUUUUGUUCCGGUUCCGAUUUGUGAACGUUCCAGCCCAGGAAGCAGUUCUGUGAAGGUUAAUUAUGAAUUCAAUGUCAGUUGAUGUAACACUAGUGCGGACAUUUUCGGGGGUUCCGACGAGUGUGUUGGUUGUGUUGGUUUAGCGUGAGUUUGGCUGCCCGCUGCUUUCGGGUUAGACGGCGUGUGUUGGGUAGUGUUCUAAGCCGUCGCCGUCUCUUGUGAUGUUGAUGUGUUUAGAAUCGACCCGUCGAUGUGUGCUGCUAUUCGCUAUAGCGCGAACUUGUGAUAAAAACCAACCUUGAUGGUCGUGUUGGUGGUCAUGGAUCCCCAAUCUGUCUCCUGUGCUAGUGAGUGUGCGUCUGUUUCGGUUGUGCAGUGAGAGUGAAGGAAAAAAGGCACAAUUAAGAACGAGUGUAAGUGGCCUAAAGACCUAUAUUCGAGUGAAGUUUUGAUUAUUCCCGAAAUUUUAGUGUAAAUAAGUCCCGAUUUCACGCGGGAUGAUAGCGAAAGUGGCGUAGAGCGUGCGAAGUCCAGUGUCCGGUGGCAGUUCGCUUGCAAAAGUGGCAGCAGGCGUGUUCGAUUUCGUGGUUCUGGAAUAAGUAGUUUUUUACGCAAUUUUUUGCAGGUUUUGAAUUAGGCGAAAUACAAACACAGCAUUGUCGGAGCAACACUUCGAAGGUGUAGGAAAACCCGGGCGCGUGUGUAAGUGCCGCGUAUUAGCGAAGAAUACCAUCAGUAAGAAUGAAAAUCGCGAUUUUUGCGAAUUUAUAGAAUCGGUGUGCAGUAGUGUGUGUUAUUCGCGUGAAUUUUGCUUCCUGCUACGCCGUGACCGUCCGAACGAGAGACUGAUUCUCCGUCCGGAAACGCUUGCCGAAGUUUUCAUCUCAAAUUCAAAUGCACUUUUUUGGUGCUCGGUACAACAACCAUGGUUUCGCCACCGAUGGAGGCGCAUCCUCCGGCUCUGCUGCUGUUGCUGCUGCUACUGUAAUUGUGUUAGUGUGCAUAUGCAGCGAUGAUGGAAAGAAAGCAGCGCUACAGCCAUGAACCAGCUGCCGAGUGACAUCCAGUUACUUUUGCUGUGGAAUAUCCAGCCCUCCACCGUCAGCACCCUUCCCGUAUAAACCCGGAAAAGAGAAGUUGUUUCUCAUCCUGACCACCCCCACACACAGUAACGUCCAGACAGCUGCAACAAAACUGCACUGUUGCUGGUGUGAAAUUGCACGAGCUAUUUUCGAUCCAUGUGCUGCUCCGGUGCACUUGUGCUCUUUCUUCGACCUUGAACUAUAUACUUGCAGUCCGUAUUUUCGUCCCCGUGCGGCAGCUGCUGUGUGCAUCUCUCUUCCUGUUGCAUUUUGGAAAUCGGCUAGAACCGGCACGAUUGGAGCUCAAGAGCGCAUAUUUCGGGAACGACCUGCAUACAGGGUGCGUCACUGUGUGUGUAUGUGUGUUUUUGUGUGCCUGAUCUGGAAACCAGUGGCCCCGUAAUAAUCUGGAUGGUCUGGAAAGGAGUAACCACUGGCAUUGACCAGUUUUCGAAUCUCAUUGUCAUUCAGUCAAGUGUUACCUGAAGAAGCUGGGCUAGGAAACAGUGUCUCUCGUACUCGAAUCGUUAGUACAAAGUUCCAAAGUGUUCAAUCCAAAACCAUUAUAGAGAAUAUCCCAAUCUCCCGCGUACGUAUACUGUAGAGUGUUGAAUCGGUGAAAAUAACAAACAAAUAAAAAAAAAAAGCGGAAAGCUCCAGUAGAUAUUAAACUUCGAAACAUAAGUGUUGUGUAAAUUUAUAAGCAAGUGUAAGAAAAAUGCACGAAGAAGCCUCAUCCACGGCCAGUUCUUCGACGACAUCCAAACCAGCAGCAAACAUUGUCUAUACCAGUAUCAAUGGUGGGGGUGGCGGGGGCGUCGGUAUUGGCGGGGGUGGAAACCAUUUCAACGGAAAUCUACUAAUUACGACAUCCCCGAUUGAUGACUCGACAUCAUCCUUGUACGAGUUGGUUCAACAACAGCAGCAGCAGCACCACCACCACCAACCAACAAUGCAUCACCAACAGCAGCAACAUCAUCAACAACAACAGCAGCAGCAGCAAAUAAUGACAACGUCUCAACCAAUUCACACAACUAAGAUAAUCAUCACCAACAGUUCCCUAAUCAGUACCACAACUAGUCCAAUCGGGGUUCGUCCCCUUCAGCAUCACACCAUGCAUCAACAGCCACAGCAGCAGCACCACGUUCCGUUGAAUUCCCCUACGAAUGUGAUCGUAACUUCCGGAACACCAACAUCUUCGACAAGUGUUGCCAGUAGCAGCAGCAGCAGCAGCAGUUGUGUUGCUGGGGGUUCGUCAUCCGGUAUAACCACAAUAGUGAUCAAUACCGACGAAUCACCGUUCGAUUCGGCCACCAGUCUGCAACUGUCGGCAGCCCUAGAAGCUGAAGCCGGAACGUCCGGUGGUCUUGGCUCGGAUAACGGGUGCAGUUCGGCUGUAGCAGCCGUUGCCGCGGCCGCCGCCCUCAUCGAUCUGCACCCGUCGUCAUCGUCCAGUACGACUGCUUCGCCCCCGGUCGGGAGCAUAGUGGUGACCACAGCGGCACCCGGUGCGGACGGUGUCGGUGUCGGAGUACACCUCCAGGAACUGGUUGCCGCCGGGAUGACCCCGAGCGGAUCGUCCCCUUCGGAUGGGGACGGUGGAACGCUGCAUGAACCGAUCGAGAUCAAAAUUCCAUCGGAGGGGUCCUACACGCAGGAAUCCGAUGGUGGCUACCACGAGAACAUCUCCCAGACGCAGUCGAACUAUCUAGCGAUCCCCCCGUCAGAACUGUGCCCGGUGUGCGGUGACAAAGUCUCAGGCUACCACUACGGACUGCUGACGUGCGAGUCGUGCAAGGGCUUCUUCAAGCGUACCGUCCAGAACAAGAAGGUGUACACGUGCGUCGCCGAGCGGCAGUGUCACAUCGACAAGACCCAGCGCAAACGCUGCCCCUACUGUCGCUUCCAGAAGUGUCUCGAGGUCGGCAUGAAACUCGAAGCCGUUCGAGCCGAUCGGAUGCGUGGUGGACGAAACAAGUUUGGUCCCAUGUAUAAGCGGGAUCGGGCGCGAAAGCUUCAAAUCAUGCGACAGCGACAGUUGGCACUGCAGGCCCUGCGGGGGUCCAUAGGCGGUGGCGUCGGCAUCGGGCAGCUCGGUUCGGACGGUGCGUCAUCGCAGCUGCUGGCCAUCGACUACCACCAGCCGUACUCCAACAUGCACAUCAAGCAGGAAAUCCAAAUACCGCAGGUGUCCUCGUUGACGUCCUCGCCCGAUAGUCCACCUAGUCCGGUUGCCAUCGCGUUAGGCCAAGUGAACCCACAGACGACGAUAUCGCUGAGCAGCGGCGUGGGCGGAAACGGUGGCAGCGGAGGAGGUGGCGGCGGUGGUGGCAGCAACAACAGUUCCGGUGCGGGCACCGGAGGAUCCCAUUCGACGUCCUCGGCUAUCCAGAAUCAACUCUCCGGCUCGAAGCUAUGGAUGAGUGCCAACUCGACGACCGCCUCGCCACAUUCGCUCAGUCCCAAAGCCUUCAGUUUCGAUAGUGGAACGAACCCCACCAGCACCGCGGACUCGGGCAAUCCUGCAGAUACGUUAAGGGUAUCGCCGAUGAUUCGAGAUUUUGUCCAAUCCAUCGACGACCGGGAAUGGCAGACGUCACUGUUCUCGCUGCUGCAGAAUCAAUCCUACAAUCAGUGUGAGGUGGAUCUCUUCGAGCUGAUGUGCAAAGUAUUAGACCAAAAUCUGUUCUCCCAGGUCGACUGGGCGCGGAAUACGAUAUUCUUUAAGGAUUUGAAGGUGGACGACCAAAUGAAGCUACUGCAGAACAGCUGGUCCGAUAUGCUGGUGCUGGAUCACAUCCAUCAGCGGUUGCACAACGGCCUGCCGGACGAAACUACCUUGCACAAUGGGCAAAAGUUUGAUCUCUUAGGUUUAGGAUUGCUGGGUGUGCCCAACCUGGCCGAGCACUUUAACGAGUUGCAGAACAAACUGCAGGAGCUCAAAUUCGACGUGGGAGACUACAUCUGCAUGAAAUUUCUACUGCUGCUUAAUCCUGAUGUGGCAGAGGUCCGGGGGAUAACCAACCGGAAGACCGUCGUCGAAGGCUAUGAAAACGUGCAAGCUGCGCUGUUGGACUACACCCUCACCUGUUACCCGUCGGUACCCGAUAAGUUUAGUAAGUUGCUCAGUAUUAUACCGGAAAUCCACGCGAUGGCAGCUCGGGGCGAAGAGCACCUGUAUAUUAAACACUGCGCCGGAAGUGCACCCUCCCAGACACUGCUGAUGGAGAUGUUGCAUGCAAAGCGAAAAUGAAGUCGCCGACUUGGGACUACCAGCAGAAAGAUCGCUUAAUGGACGAGUGAGAGAGUUUGCACCAUCAUCGUUCAAACCGAAAAUCAAAAGACCAUCCAAUUGAAUGAUCAACCAAUAUUAAGAUUAUGGCAUAGAGCGAAGCAAGGCAAAUGUGUUCUAUUUGUAUUUUUUUUUCAACUUGUCUCAAGUUUAAACUCAUAUUCUUCGAGCGGCGGAAAUCUUCUUUGCUUACUUGUUAAACUAUUUUUAAUAAUUUAAUUUUUACCGGACGUCCAUUACGAGUGAAAGAUUGUGUGUGUGUUCCAGGGUACAACAGUUCGACGGUGUGAGAUACUCCCUGCCCGACAAAGUAAACCGAAUAAAAUUCCGUUCCACCAAGGUUCAACGGAUUUGCCAGAUGCCUACAGAACCGAGUCUGUAAAUCAACCAAUUCAUCUUCUAUUGUGCAUACACCAAUAAACAGGAAAAGAAUACAAUGACGUUACCAUUUCAUCUCAGCGAAUUAAGUUUUAAUAUUCAUCACUAGUUGUAAACGAAAAUAACGAACACAAAAAUCCAGAACAAACAAACAAAAAAAAAAUGCCGUUAAAAUAGUCAAUCCAAAUCAAACUUGCCGAUAUAUCUAUUUCAGUGUUGGAAACAUAACAUUAUUACGGAACUAAAUUCUCAACAGCCAAUCAGACAGCGGAACCCUAGUCGCAACCCUGCGGCUUCGGAUGUAAGCAAACUAGCGCAUGAAGCAAAACUACACAAGAAAACAGACGCAAAAAAAACAAAGGAUCUAAAAACUAAGUGUUCAAUAAGUGUUAAAUCCAACUGUUAACGAAUUCUCCUUAAGCAGAUAAUAACUUUUAUUUGUAAUAUUCAUUACCUAUUUUCGUUUUCAAACGUUAGUGCAAUAUAUGAAGCAUAAACAACAAUCAUAUGUCACCAAAUCAUCUUGCACCAGCGCUCAAAGCUUCCUUCAGCCGGUCACGGAGAAGCACGAAAUUGUGGCAUUUCUCAUCGUCCAAACACACCAGUACAGUGUUUAUCUGCACUCUGCAAAAUAAUUCUCUUUGUCCUACACCUACUCUACGUAACUGAAGGCACUCAAACAAACAAAAAAACAGUAAUCUACCAAUCACUACAUAAACAAAGCUAGCCAAUUAUAACAAUGGUCGAGUAUAAUAACGAAAGAACACAUCAAACUUGUUGAACAUGCUUUUACUUGUUACAUAAAGAGAUAACAAAAAAAAACAGAAAAUCUCACCAGAUGAUCCUAAAGCUGUAUACUAAAUGUUUCCGAUAAAAGUUCAAAAAAAAAACGUGACGACGCACAGGGCACUAAGCUAGCGGCGUUCCCGGGAAGUUUUAGCACCGAAAUCAGAAGGUUCAACCAUAUGCCCGGGCUCACAAACCGUGUACCACACACACACACAUCAUAAUCAUCAGCGCCAUUUGUUAGGGAGUGCUUUUCAUUGACAUUACAUAUUACUACUAUACAUACGCGAGCGCAUUCACAAACGCCAUGCAGACUUCGGAACUCUUGUUCUAUGCGCGGCGGCAUACCGGCAGUUGGUCUGAAUUUCUCUGCCCUAGAGGGGGCGAAAACAAACGAGAACAUGGUUUUUUUUUUCGAUGGUCAGAAAGAGGUUACAAACUUGCAGGCGUUACCGAUCCCGAAAAUGGUUAAGAAAUGAAUUGCGGAAGAAUGAGAAUUUUCUUAGGUAGCUCAUAAACUGCACCAAAUUCAGUGGAUGGUUUUGGGAUUAGGCAAUAGUGAGAGUUUCCGAGUAAAUUGCAAUUAAACAAUAAAUUUUCUUUCUUAUAGCGACGACAGCUUUCGUAGGCGAAAGUUAAGCCCCUUAGAGUAUGUACAUGAAAGUUACAGUUCUAAAUGCAAAAUUCAUGUCAUUUUUAAAAAUUGGAUAUGAAAAUUAAGACGAAAACAGCGUUUCAUUCGUGUUACAAAUAUAAAUAGGAAAAAAUAGAUCGUCAGCGGAUACUAUUUUUGAAUUUGUCUCUUUUCUUAAAGGAUUCCAUCCACUUUCAGUUUUACAGACAGUUUUUCUGAGUCGCAACGGAAUUCAUUACGACUUCUAACUGGAUUCUAACAAGGGUAACAACCGAAAUCUGUGGCACAUGAAUCAAUAUUCAUCUAGGAAUCGUAAUGAACUUUGUUUCAUGUUUCGGAAGAUUUGAAUGGGUUCCGUUUCGACUCAGAUUUACAAAAAACUGUCCGUUAAACGGAACGUAAACGGGGGCCUUAAGGCCCAAAUUAUCGAUCUCCAGCUAAGCAUCACUUACUACUAAAAAAUAAUUGAUUUUGGGAAAGAUUUACAACAAACUCUCCGGAAUUUGUCAGAUGUAUAGUUUAUGUAACUCUCUGCGGUAGCGCUGCUUGAACGGUGCUGUAAUGGAAAAAGCCUCAAAAACCCGGCAAUCACCAUUGUUCGACUGCAGCGCUGCCCAAACGGACGAUAGAUAGUGACGAAUAUCGAUUUUCAACCGUAGGCAACUCUUUUGUGAUCGUUGCGCUGCUCAAGUGGCAAACACAGAACUUAACACUAUGAUUUUCAUAUUUUGUCUGAAAAUUGAUUCCCUUACUUCUCAAGGUAAGGUUCUCAACGUUGUUUCGUGGCUAGUGCAAGGAAUAUUCGUAUAUUUCUAGUAAAAUUAAAGCAUUUCCUCUCGUUUUUGCUUGACUCAAUGUUGCUCAAUGACAGCGAGAAUGUUCUCGUUUAUCCAGGGGAAAAAAUAUGACCGCUGUUAAGGCUCUACUUGCAAUCUCAGGAGAAUAGCCAUUGUGAAAAACACAUAAUCAGUUUUCUCCGCUCUCACUUCAUGAAAAGAACAGCAUUUUGUUCUAAAAAUCGAGCUAAAUAAACUGAAUUUUGUUUGGAUUUUCGCGCAACGAUAGCAGAGAAAACUGCAUUUGCAUCAUAAAACAAUGGUUUUUCCGAAGAUUUUAAAUUGCCCCUUACAGUAGUGUCAAGCAAAGAAAACAUAAACAUUUUAAACAGUAAUAACAACGGCGUAUCAAGAACCAGAAUAAAACAAUCCAAUAAUAGUUUGACAACCCAGCAAAUAACAAAAAAUAUCUAUUCAAUUCACAGUUGAGAUAUCAGGUUUGCAGAUAUGUUGGUAAAUCGGCCAUUUUUUUUAUAAGUGCUGGAAAUAUUUUUCUUCUGUCGAUUUUUUUAAAUUUUUGCGUUUUUUGGCUGAUAUUCUGUAGAUAUCUGAAGUAUUUUACAUAUUCAAAUUCGAUGGAAAAUGUCCAAAGCAACACGACCGCAAAAAACCCAUGGUUAACAAGGUGCUCAGUUUUAUUCAGGUCUGAUAGAUAGAUCAUUCUGUGUUUUUCUUCGAUGUUCUUAAUAUAUGAUAGAAUUGGUGUAGUUUUGUGCUACUUUACAGUAGAAAAUCCUUCUCUUUGCACAUUUAUCUUUCGAUAAUUUUCGAUUGGAUGAUGCCUAUAAGACAUACUACCCAUACUCAGAAAACAUUUUAUUUUAUUACAAAUUGGUGGUACAUCAAAAUAAGUUACAAACUAAUGAGUACCUACGUUUAAGGAUCCGUAUUCGAUUAUCAGAAUUCACAAAUCUUGUACUUAUCUUCCGAUUUCCCUCAGUAUAUAAUAAUAUAUUUUGCGUCUUUUUUCUAUAGUUUCUAUAUUUCUCCUAACUUAAUUCUUUUUCAACUACUUACAAACGAAUCUAUACUAACUGUAAUCCUACUUCUUUUAGACUCAAAUAUUCUUCUAUCUUCUGUUCAGUAACCUCGAUAUAAACCGAAUCAUCAACCAUUGGUUCCAAGUUUCGUCGAAACAUUGUUACAUCAGGGGUGACCUGCAUCAGAAGACCAACAAAACAUUCGUGUGCCGAUUCGCAACCUCCUUUACCGGUGACCAACCUGAAGCACAGUGCCAAACUCUGUAAAUACAAAACAAAACACAUAAGCAAAAAAACAAGG